AAACACAAAUACAAUAUGAGUAAAACUAAAAGAAAUUCACCAAAAAGGAAAAUCGGAAGAAAAUAAAGAACCAAAGCAAACAAUUAUACACAACUCAACCAAUACUAUAUGAGGGUGUGUUUUUUUUUGAUAAAUUAACAGUAUAUGAGGGUGUUUAUGUACUCUUCAUGAUCAUAAGAUAUACGACUAAUUCCAAUGUUAAAAUUUCACCAAUCUCACGCUUUCAAUAAAAUAUAAAUUAAAUAAAAUUAGUUUUAAUGAUAGUACGUAGUAGAAUUUAUAAAUAGAAUUGUGCUAUCUCAAAGUUUACGUUUAUUUAGGAGGGUAAGAUAUGUUGUAAAGGUACGUGCAUCUAUAUUUAAUGUAACAUAAAAUAAUCACUAAAGAAAAUAUAAAUCAAGUCAAAUAAGACCAAAAUAGUAAUCCCUCAGUCCCAUUAGGCUUGUCUAAUUCAUUUUGGGCACGGUUAUUAAGAAAAAAAUUAAACUAAUGUAGUAAAAGUGUAUAAAGGUGUAGACCAUAUUGUUUGUAGUGUAAAAUCAUUACCAAAAAUAGAAACACGAUAAUAUCAAUGGGACAACCCAAAAAAGAAAAUAAGACAAAAUCAAUGGGACAUAAAGAGUAUUAUUUUUAUAUACUAUUAAACUAAUACUUAAAAGUAAAGUCCUAUUUACAUUUAUCAUUUCUGGUGUUCAUCAAAAGUUGAGUACUAUUUUCUUUCUUAGGACAUUGGUUCGUAUCUUUUCAUUAUAUUAUAUCUUUACAAAUACUCCUUAAUUAUUUACAAAAAACCACUCGACCGCUCAAUUUAUAUAAUAGUGAGAUAUUUUCAUCAUUACAUAUAAAUCACCAAUCAUAUUUUUGGUGGACGGACGAAAUAAUAAUAAUUAUCAUUUAGUUAUAUGUUUUUUUUGGAUAAUUUGGUCUUUGUAUAUAUACAAACAAGCAACCCAACUAUAGAGCCAGAAAACUCCCAGCAUAAAUGGAGAAACCGCCGGAGCAAGUACAGCAGCAACUCGCCGCCGCCGCCGUCGACAUCGAUGAAGAAAAAGCCAAAGCCGCCCUCCGCAAACGCUACCUGCUGAGAUGCUGCAGCUGCGCCGGCGCGUCCCUAUUUUUCCUAUGCAUAUUCACCGUAGCCCUAGCCUUCACCGUGUUCAGAGCGAGAGCGCCGGAAUUCCGGCUCAACGGCUCCACCGUCAAGCUCGACCUCAUCAACGGCACCGGCCUCCCGCGGCCGGGAUCCAACGCCACCAUACUCGCCGACGUCUCGGUGAAGAACCGCAACUUCGCGUCGUUCAGGCACCGGAGCUCCGCCGCGCCGAUCUACUACCGCGGCGCCGCGAUCGGGGAGGCGCGCGCGCCGCCGGGGAACCUCCCGGCGCGCCGCACCGAGAGGAUGAACGUGACGGUCGACGUCAUCAUGGAUCGGGUCGUGGCGCUGCCGGGUUUCGGGUCGGACGUGGAGUCGGGUUCGGUUACGAUGAGCUGGUGCGCGCGGGUUGGCGGGAAGGCCAAGUUUUUAAUCGUUAAAAAGCACGUGACGAUGAAGAUGAACUGUACGGUCACGGUUGACGUGGCGAAGAUGGCAAUUUUGGAGUAUAAGUGUAAGCAAAAAAUCAAGCUGUUUAAUUAGAAGAACCUGCUCGAUCAAAUGCGUCAAUUAAAAUCUUUGGCUCUUAAUGCAUUGCUGGGCUCGAUCGCCAUCAUCAUGCAAUCUGUUCGUUGAAAUGCUGCAGAGAAGAAUCAUAAGGAUAUUGGCGACCAGCUACUUGAUGAAAUCGCCUAAAUUAAAACGCAUGCGUGGAACCUGUUCGAUGAAAUGCCAAGGUGAAAUCUUUUGCUCAGAAUGUGUUUGUAGAAUUAUCCAUGUGAAAACUCAUGGCUGUAUCUUUGGAUAUUAGCUGCUAUUUGGGAUUGUUUAGUUGUGUAAUGAUUUCUCACUCUUGGAAUAUUUAAUUUAAUUUAUUUCUUUUUAACUUC